AUGAACCCUUCAUCAGAAUUCAAGAGGGUCAUGAGCCUUGCAGCUGCUCUUGUCCUUUUCACUACCUUUGCCAUUCCACUCCCUGUUCAUGCUUCUCUUGCAGAAGCACAAGCUCUCCUCAAGUGGAAGUCUGGUCUUGGCAACCAUUCGCUUUCUUCCCUCUCUUCGUGGACUUCCUCUCCUCAUAAUGUCACUGGUUCCAAUUCAACCAUGAGUCCGUGCACUUGGCGUGGCAUCUCCUGCAAUCGGGCAGGAAGCGUGGUCGGCAUUAAUCUCACCAGUGCCGAUGUUGAAGGAAAUAUGACAAAUUUGGAAUUGCUCCACAUGAAUUCCAACAACUUGACAGGAUCAAUCCCUUCUACUUUGGGGAACUUAACCAAAUUAAGAGAGUUGCAGCUAUCUGCUAAUAAGCUUACCGGUUCCAUCCCCCUAGAACUGGGGAAUUUGAACCUUCUUAGCUCAUUGAGCCUAGAUAGAAAUAAUCUUACUGGUUCAAUCCCGCCAAUAUUAGGCAAUUUGACGAAUCUUAUCAUUCUUUAUCUCUACGGUAACCAGCUUUCCGGUCACAUUCCUAAUGAGUUAGGAAAUCUCCGCUCUAUGCUUGACUUAGAGUUGAGUACAAAUCAGCUCACUGGCCCAAUUCCUUCUUCGUUGGGUCACUUGACCGACCUAUUAUAUUUGUUCCUCCGCGAGAAUCAACUUUCUAGUUCAGUUCCUAAAUCCUUGGGGAAUCUGAUGAACUUAAAGAUGUUGGAACUGGAUGCCAACGAGUUAACUGGCUCCUUACCAGAAAACUUGUGCCAAGGUGGAUUUCUUGAAAAUGUCUCAAUGAGUGGCAACAAGUUAACUGGUUCUAUCCCUAGAAGCUUGAAAAAUUGCACAAGCUUAGUCGGACUUCGCCUCGAGAAAAACCGGUUAUUUGGAAACAUCUCCGAGAUCUUUGGUGUCUACCCCAACCUAACCUUUAUCGACUUGAGUUCCAACAAGUUCUAUGGAGAAAUCUCAACAAAUUGGGGAAGUUGCAUGAGUUUAAGUGAUCUAAACAUUGCUAGAAAUAACAUCACUUUGGUAGCUUGCCUCUUGAGAUCGGAAACGCGACUAAAGGCGAGUGUAAUUGAUCUAUCUUUCAAUAGUUUAGUCGGGAGGUUCGAAAGAAUUUGGAAAAUUGACUUCUUUGGAGACUUUGAAUCUAGCGGGAACCAACUUUCUGGCCAAAUAAGUCCAGAGAUUGCAUCGCGACCUAGUCUUCUAAAAUUGGAUUUGUCGUGGAAUAGAUUAAGCAGGUCUAUCCCGCAGGCUAUUGGGAAUUCUUCAAAAUUGACCCACUUGUAUUUGAGCAACAACCAGUUGAGCCAAGAUAUUCCAGGGCAACUAGGGAUGCUAACUCAUUUGAAUGAGCUAGACUUGAGUUGUAACUUGUUAAGCGGUGACAUCCCAAUUCAAUUCAACGAGCUGGAAAGCCUAGUGAAACUCAACAUUUCACACAAUAAUCUUUCGGCCUUAUAUACAACACUUUCAAGGAUAUGCGAGGGUUGGCAGAGGUGGACAUCUCCUACAACAAGUUUGAGGGUCCCAUCCCCACCACCAUGGCAUUUCAAAAUGCAACAAAAGAAGCGUUUGAAGGCAACACUGGAUUAUGUGGAAAUGUCGAAGGACUUGAGCCAUGUAAUCAAGCGGUGGUGGAUAGGGAAAGCUCUCGGGCUAGAGAGAAGCUUGUCUACAAUCUUGAGCAAUGAAGAAGAAGCUAAAGAGUUGGACUGGAACAAGAGGGUGAAUAUCAUAAAAGGCGUGGCAUAUGCUCUUUCUUAUAUGCACCAUGAUUGUAACCCUCCAAUCAUUCAUCGAGAUAUUUCUAGUAACAACAUUCUGCUUGAUUCUGAGUACGAGGCGCAUGUUUCUGACUUCGGCACGGCUAAGCUUCUUAAGCUGGAUACAUCAAACUGGACUGCAGUCGUUGGCACAUAUGGUUAUGUAGCUCCAGAGCUUGCUUAUACAAUGAAGGUGACGGAGAAAUGUGAUGUUUAUAGCUUUGGAAUAGUGGCCAUCGAGUUGAUCAAAGGAAGACAUCCGGGUGACAGAUUUUCAUCUCUAGUAGCUCCAAUCGACAUAGAGAUCUCGGUUGUUUUGAGGAAUAUAUUGGAUUCACGCCUGCCAACACCCACACCAGGCAUUGAGGAUAAACUUCUGACCAUCUUCCAGCUUGCAGUUGCUUGCUUAUCUGCUGAUCCCCAACUCAGGCCGUCGAUGGACACGAUUGCUCAGAGACUAUCAGCUCGUUCAACCACUUUCCAUGGCGUUCAAUUUUCAGAGACAGCCGCUGAUCCUGUGAGAGAUACAACAGCUUCAAGCCAUUUCCUGGAUCAAUUCGUAGAAGAUAUCGUCUGAUUAAUGAUGUUGCUCUGUCAACCACACGCAAGAAGGAUAAAUAUUUUGACCGUCAACCAAAGUGGAGCGUUUCAUAUCAGCAUGAGGAUGCGGACUAUGUUUCGUUCAUGCCCAAGUAAGUAUAGAACUGCCUUUUGUUUUGGAAGAAGCAAAACUAGAACAUUCUGGCAUCUAGUUUCGUUUGUGGAGACAACAGCUGAACUCAAGUGAUAUUUCAAACUGUUUCUGUAUCUAGUCUUAACCAGACUAGUGUCUAUGGAGUCAAUGUAUCCAUGUCAAGUUAGACUUAGAAAGUAUUACUUUUGUAUCAAUGUAAAGUGUUGAUGAUGUAUCCAGUGUUGUUAUCUUGAAACCGAAAUGUCCAUGUAAGGAUGAAAUGGAACAUUUAUAUGAAGUCUCUAAA